GCGAUAUCACGUGACUGGCGGGCGCAGAAGUGGGCACCGGUCCGGGUGCCCGCCCUCCGUCCCUGCAGUCGCCCCCCGAGCCCGUCCUAGGAGUUAAUUGUCGCUCCAGUUUCUUUCAGAUCUGCCUGUCUGCUGUUUUCAGCACACUGCUAGGCCAGAAAAGGGGAGCAACCUGUCCAGAAUCCCUGCAGGACUGGAAAAGGAGGAGAAAUCUCAACAUGGAAAAACUCUGCACUGAAAAUGGAGGAAAAUAUGAGAAUCAAGGAAAGAUGGAAAAUGAACCCCCUCAGGAUGCAGGAAAGCCAGACAUAGCUUCUGUUCUGGAAGACAAGGAGAAGUUAGAAAGUGAGAGAAAGACAGGAGAUGGGGAAAUGCAAAAAGACAAGGAAAAGUUAGAGAGUGAGAUAGAGCCAGAAAUCAAGGGAAAUCCAGAGAGUGGGGGAAAACCAAAACCAGAGAGCCAGGGAAAGCAAAAGAGCGAGGAAGACGGGGAUAGUGAGGGGAAUAAAGAAAAGCCAGACAGUGAAACAAAAGCUGCAGGAAAGCGUCCAGCUGAGGAUGAAGUACCCAGGAAAGCCAAAAGAAAAACCAACAAGGGGCUAGCUCAGUGCCUCAAGGAACAUAAAGAGGCUAUACAUGAUAUGCAUUUCAGCAAUGAGGAGAUGAUAAAAGAAUUUGAUGAGAUGGCUAGGGUGGAGGAUGAGGUAAAGAAAACCAGACAGAAAUUGGGUGGGUUUAUGUGGAUGCAAAAAAAUUUACAGGACCCCUUCCACCCAAGGGGCCCAAGGGAACUCAGGGGUGGCUGUAGGGCCCCACAAAGGGGCUUUGAAGACAUACCAUUUGUAUAGUGCCCCUGGCAGGCUUUAGCCAGGCCCUGGGCUAUAUAACCUUAUGCAGAUACUUUAGGUGUCACUCUGGUCUUCCAAUUAAAGCCAUUUAUGAUACUGUAGCAGAUUUUCAUCCUUUGCAUGAAAAAAUGUUUAUGGUGCAUUAUAAAAUUAAAAAGGAAACAGUUUGCAGAACCAUAUACAUGGCAUGAGUUAAUUUUUUUAAACUACAAAGAUAUUUUGAGAUCUGCAUAUGGAGAAAAUGCAUGGAAAAAGUUCUUGGUGCAUUAUAAAAUUAAAAAGGAAACAGUUUGCAGAACCA